CUGCAAUGACAUCAUCAACAACAUCUAACGAAGGAAGGCAUUGGUCUAGCGUAGUUUUGGGGAAAAUGCGGUCACUUUGGAAUGCCGGAUCAAGAAGUGCAAGUUCUGGCCUCAAUCAACUGAUAACAGACGACGAAGCCACUCUGAAACCCAUCCCUCACAAGAAGUCGUCCGAAAACGACAUGUACAUGCGACUGGGUCUCCUUCUGGGUGAUGGAGCACGACGUCCGAAGAGAGCCCAAGGUAGAAACCACGAAUCGUGCUCAUCGCUUGCAAGUUACGAAACAUCCGCCAUGUUGUCAAAUAAUACUAGCCCAGUGUCGACACUGACGGGUAGUUCGGAAGAUCAACACAGGACUAACCCUAGUUCGGAUAGCGUCGCCUCGCUGAUGUCGAUGUCGAUGUCUGGGCAAAGCAACUGCAGCUCCAGUCCUGUUAGCAGAAGACACAGCGUCACAACGACGCAACAAGACGAAAUGAAUACCUUCAGGAAUAGGAGAACUUGUAUACGAAGGUCAGCAAGAACCGAUGUCAAAGGCUCUGUUGAUCCUAGGAUACGUAUCAGGCAGUAUAAAGCCCCUCAACUCACCCUGAAACCUUUGUUUUUCGAAGUGCCACUCCAGGAAUCCAACCCUCUGUUCCUCGGAAGGCAUUGGCUCAUCAAAGAAAUUGAAACAAUCACAAGUUCUUCCAGUCCUGGAGUUCUCCUAACCGGCAAUCCAGGAACGGGUAAGACAGCCCUUAUCCUCCAGCUGGUAGAAUAUAGCUGUUUCGGACGACGAAAAGAACCUAUCUACCAGAGAGUACACUCACCCGAACGAUCUCGAAGCCCCCAAAGCAUUUAUUACCAAAUAGAUCUCGUUUCCGAAAGUAUCAAGAAGCUAGCCAGCAGCAUAGUGGCAUAUCACUUUUGCCAAGCCGAUAACAACAACACUUGUUCAGUACCUGACUUCAUCCAUUCGUUGGCUGCGCAGCUGUGUCAAGCUCCUCAAUUGGUAGCUUACCGCGAGCACCUCAUUGGCGAACCACACCUGCAAAAUAUUCUGUCGCUCAAGGAGUGCAUUGCCAAUCCAGAUAUCGCCCUGACCACCGGCAUACUGGAACCUCUAGCGAGCCUAAGACGAAUAGGAAAAAUAGAGAAUAUCAACUGCGUUAUCCUUAUUGACGCCCUUUGCGAUGCGGAAUACCACAGGCCGGACCACGGUGAUACGAUAACAACAUUCCUUGUGAAACAUAUCCCCAGUUUUCCCUCCUGGCUCAAAGUGGUCGGUACGGUUAGAACCCAGCUUCAAGAACUCACCAAGCAGCUUCCGUUCACUAGAGUUUCAUUGGAUAAUAUACAGUCCAAUGAGAAUAUACAGAAGGAUAUUUUAGGCUAUAUCAACUUUAGAUUGCAGAACAGCCCCAGUAUACAAAGCAAUAUUACUUUGGCUACUACCGGAAAAGUCGAAAGUGGUAGCGUCUCCCAACACAAGUUUUCUCAGCAUCUUCUGAAUUCAAGCCAAGGUUCCUUCCUGUUCGCGAAGCUGACUCUUGACCUGUUGGAGAAGGGUCAGCUUGUCGUGAAAUCUUCUGGCUACAAGGUGCUUCCGGUUACCUUGGCUGAAAUCUACUUACUCCACUUCAAUUUGAGGUUCCCCACCAUACGUUCCUUUGAGAAAGUCACUCAUAUUCUCAGCGUGUGUUUGGCAGCUCUCUACCCUCUCACUCUCUUAGAGAUUUAUUAUUCCGUAAACUCGUUACUCGUAGACAAUUUCUUGCCGUGGAACGAAUUCUUACAGAGGUUCAAACUCCUCUCUGGAUUCUUAGUGAAAAGACUGGACAAUACAUACAUGUUUUUCCACCCUUCCUUCAGGGAGUGGUUGAUUCGUAGAGACGACAACGAGCCGACCAAGUUCAUUUGUGAGCUACGUUCUGGUCACGCGGGCAUAGCGUUCAGGUUGUCAAGGGUUCAAGCUCCUCUCGAUCCCGAGAAAACUCUGGAGUUGGGGCAUCACAUCUUAAAGGCCCACGUGUACAGAAAUAUGUCCUUGCCGGUGAUCAGUUCCAGGGAUUUGCAAGGUUACUGGGUGGCGGAAAGUUCCGAGAAUGUGUCGGCGGCCGUAAGCAAUAUCAGAAACAUGUACAGUCCGAACGUGAAGGUGUCGAGGUUGCUGCUGCUAGCCGGAGCUUCUCCCAAUCACGUGACUGAUUUCUUGGGGAAUGCUCCUGUACUGUGCAUGUACGCCAAUGAAGAGUGUGUAGAAAUCAAUAUCAUGGUUCAAUUCCAUAUUGUUCUGCAAGUCGUACAGGCUCUGAUAGAACCCCAAGAAGCAGUCGAGUUAGCUAAUCAAGUGUUAGAGUUAAAGCCGGAAUCCUACGAAGCCUAUUUUGCCAGGGCUAAGGCCAAGCUAGACAUGAAUAUGUUCGAAAGCGCCCUCCAUGACGUCAAAGAAGCCCAGCGAAGAGCCCCUCCCCAGGGAGCCGACAUCAACAAAGAAGAUCGCGAAGGACUCACUUCCCUUUGUUGGGCCUGCCUCAGGGGAAAACUCCAAGCAACUCAAUGCCUUGUAGAACGAGGAGCAAAUAUCAACCACACGGACAAAACAGGCCGAACUCCCUUGGAUCUGGCAGCUUUCCAAGGAAAUCAGGCCUUGGUUCAACUUCUUCUCGACAGGGGAGCUGUGAUAGAGCAUGUAGAUAUAAACGGAAUGAGGCCCCUCGACAGAGCCAUAGGCUGUAGAAAUAUCCAGGUCGUUCAGUGCUUUUUGAAGAAAGGGGCUAAGUUGGGACCAGCGACGUGGGCCAUGGCUUCAGGCAAACCAGAUAUAAUGCUAAUACUUCUCAAUAAACUUUUAGAAGACGGAAAUAUACUCUACCGAAAGAGUAGAUUGAGAGAAGCAGCCCAUCGCUACCAAUAUGCCUUGAAGAAGUUUCCGGUGGACGACCAAGCAGAACACAAUAAAACUUUUCUGCAGUUGAAGAUCAACUUCUUUUUGAACUAUUCGAGGUGCAAGAGGAAAUUGAAC